GUGAAUGAAAUAUCAGACGGCAUCGUUGAUAAAAUUCUCCUUCAUUUAGCAGUCGCGAAGUCUGUUUGACGUUUUGUAGUUUGUGUAAUUGUUGUUUAGAAUAGCCCGUCUUUCUUCUGUGUAAUUUGUAUGCCUGGAUCUGACGGUGGAGAGACGGGAAAGGAUGGGCAGCUGACGAAGUGCUGGAAAUCCGUGUACGGGACGAGGGGAUUUUGACACUCAUAUUGACACAUCACCUCACAUGUCCGAAAACCCAAAUAAGCAGACGACGGAUAUUUGUUUUUACACAGCCAGCCAGUGAGAUCCCCCUAUCUGCUGUAUGUGUAACAUCAAGCUUGAUAGAUGCCUCUGACUGUCAAGGGCUGAUAAAAAGAAGUUGACAAACAGCACAUGUGUGGAUUAAUAGCUGUAAUGAAAAUGAAGGGCUUGUGGAAAUGUGAUGAUUUCCUGUGUGGAUGUACCCAUGAUGAUGUGGAUAGGCCAGGGUCGUGAUGAUUUGCAGAAUGUCACCAUGAGGGAGUAGUCAAAACUUGUGGUGGAGGAGGGAACCCUAGUACAUCAAUCAAAACUGGAACAAAAAAUAAUACAUAUAUAUAUACAUCGUGUAUGCAGGGUUUUCUCAAAACAGCAAAAACUUUUGAGAAAAGGAAGAAGAAAACCAUUGCAGAAUAAAGGAAAAUGGCUGAAGUGGCAUCGGCUUCUGCAGCUGCAAUACCUUUGCAGAAGAGCCUGGACUUCCCUGCCACAAGCGCAUGCAGUAGUCGAAGCACCGCAGCGCCCUCUCGUCUAACGCAUGCAAGUCGCAACAACAAUGAGGCCGGAGGAGGCGCGUCCCCUGCUAUACCCAGCCUUACGGUGGAUAAGACAGAGGUUGUGAUUGGUCAGAAUGCCAAGGUGACAAUGACAUGGAACAUUCCGGUUGUCACCCUGAAUGACUGGAUUGGCUUAUUCCCGUCAGGUGAAAAUGACCUGUCUAAGUUUCUGGACAGUAAGAGACGUGGCUCAGCUGGCCAGCAGAUGGGGCAUAUUGUCUGGGACCUGGACACUGUGGCUCACAACUUCUCUGAGGAAGAGACGUCGGUGUGUUUCAAGUAUUACAGUGGUAGGCGUGGAGAACUCCUGGCUGUCAGUCCUAGCUUUUUGGUCAAGAAUCCAAACUCUCCUGAGAAGCUUCCUGAUCAGAAUGGGGUGUCCUCGGAGUCUAGAGUGGCUGCUCGUCUUCUGGUUAUAAUAAGAGACAUACAAGCGACAAACUUGAAGAAAGGUGUGUUUUUUAACCCGGACCCUUACUUGAAGAUGGUGGUUCAGCCAGGUAAGGGUUGUAUCCCUUUGCCCCAUCAUGUACAGGAGCUAAGGACAAGCACAGAAGAGAACACCACCAGUCCACGCUGGAUAGACCAGAUGUUUACAUUCGACUGCGUGUACACCGAUGUGAUUGAGUUUGAGAUCAAGGACAAGUUUGCCAAGAGUCGUCCCACCAUCAGCCGCUUCCUGGGCAAGGCCAUCAUUCCUGUCCGCAGGAUCAUGGAUAGCGUCUCUAAUGAAUCUUUGUCCUUCGUGCUGGACCUGAAUCGACGAAAUCCUUCAGAUCAUGUGACUGGGUCAAUAAGUUUCACCGCUGAAUACCAUUCCCAGCCUCAGCCAGGCUCCAACUCCUAUUGUGGUGUACCUGCUGGAAUUCGCAGAGACCGUCGACACGCUAAGCCCAGGAAGACCUCACUGCCUGAGGGUAUUAAUAUGGACGCUGCCCGUGUGUACACCCGCAAGCCCCACCGUCACACAGAACCCACCAUUUCAUUAGCAGGGGUGGAAGGCAUUCCUGAGGUGGACAGUGAUUUACAGGGGAGUGGUUCAGGGGAGACAAUCCCGCAGAGUAUACCUCAGCUGAAUAAUGUAGAAUUGACCAAUGAACAAGAAGAGGCCUUGUUAAGCUGUAGUCCACCCAGUCUAGCCUCUGUACCCAAUAUAGCCUGUGGUCCGUUUGGCAAUAGUAGUGUAGAUGAGGAUUCACCGACAGAUGCUGGAAAUAACAGUGAACUGAGCUCUUCUGUGAUGGAGGAGGAAGGGGAGACAACCCAGGCCGACCUUUCCUCCGUAAAUGUAGGCCCUGAUGCCAUUGCCAGUGAUGCCAUUGACAAUGCUAUUACUGGAAAUUCGGUGUCAGCAGGCAAAGAGCCUGAGGUAUCUGUUGUGGAUGACAUUACACAGUCAGUAGUCAGGAGUCCCUCAGGGGAAUUUGAUACAUUUCCCCGCCCCUCCUUACCCCCAAGGGACCCUGUGCGAAAAGGGUUUGGGGGUCCACCCCUCCCGCCAAGGUCACGGCUUUCUCAGGCCGAGGCCCCUCCAGUCCCUCCGCGACAACCAGACAAGUCCCGCCACUCCAUCGCUUUGAAUCCAGGAGAUGUUCAGUCUCCGCCCCCACCCUUACCCCCACGAACGUACAGCCCCGUCAGUGGCUCGGAUGACAGUGUUACCUCCCCUGUUGCUAGCCCACCAAACCGUGAGGGUGGAGACCGAUCGAGUUUUGACAGUAUGGAGACGUUUGCAGGGUCACGGGAAAACCUGAUGAAUGAGUCCAUGACGGGUGCAGCUCGACCGCAAUACUUUCAGCCAAUACAAGAGGUGUUCCCAUGGGGAUCCGGGGCCAGAAAGGUUGUCACUGGCCCUGAAGGGCGACAGAGCUCUGAGGAAACACUCUCACCCAGUAGCAGUACAGCCUCCAGCGAUAUGGUGAGCACCCCGAAAACAAGUGGUGGAGAAAUUACGACAUUCUCAGCACAGCUCGCCAGUCUGCCUUCUAUCGAGUCUGUUAACACUUCACAGCAGGCUGCGAAACCUGUGCCUCAACCCCGUGGCUUACGUCAGCCUGCACGGCGGGACGACAAUGCAAUAUCUGACUGUGCGGAGCCCGAAACAGGGGAGGUGAAUCUAGCUAUGCAAGAUGUAGUCCCACGGCCUCCUGUGAGAACAAAGCCGAGUGUGGAGAGCAGUGCAGACAGUGUUGUAGUUCGGUCGGUUGCAGGAGGCGCGAGUAAGGACGUUAAUGUUAGGUCAGACUCUAUGUUACCUGCAGAUAGCUACAUAGCGGGUUCAGUCACAGCAACACCUGUGCCCAAAGUUCGCAACAGGAUCCUCAGCGAUGAGGAGAAGCACCAAAAUCGUCAGAAGAUCGCGCAGAAAUUACAGAUGUGGACACAGAAGAAGACUAGCCCUCUGCCGGGCUCUCCUACAGCUGGAUUGUCAUCUGACGAGACAGGGCAGAUGACUGAGGACACAGUGUCAGGCACUGUAUCUGCUCUCAGGGGAGUAGGAUUGGGUGCAGGGGCAGAACCCUCAGCUGCUGUGACUGAGGAGCGUGUGGAUCGGACUAGCCCGCCGCCCCCUGCCCCUCCAAGACCAGCAAACCCACCCCCCAAAAUGCCCCACAGAGCAGCCAGGAUCCAGGAGAACGUCAGGGCACAGAAUGGAGUACGGGGACAAGACGCUGUGGAAGAAACAAGGCCGGGGAGUCACGAGGAGAGCAGACCGGGGUCAGAGGAGGGAAGAUCAGCGAGAGGAGAGGGCAGGGUGACUCAUGGUGACGCACGGUCCGGGGCAGGCAGGGAAGAAACACGAACAGGAGGGUCGCCUUCCAGGGGCCAUCACCCCUCCCCCAGGCACCGCCCCCGGCCUGAUAGACAACCAGGGGAUUCAGCGUCAGGUAGCCAUGCCCCGACACGCCUGCCUUCCCUCCCUCCUCGUAAGCCACGCUAUCACCGAGUGGAGCCCACCCCAGGGGAAGAGCCUCUACCCCACGGCUGGGAAGCACGUGUGGACAGUCAUGGUAGGGUGUUCUACAUAGAUCAUGUGAACAGGACGACGACAUGGCAACGACCCCAAAGAGGUCAAGCGUCUGUACAGAGGAGAGCCACACUGAGCUCAGAGCAGAGACAGCAGCUAGACAGGAGGUACAUGAGCAUACGUCGCACCAUUGACCAGGGACAGAUUCCGCGGGGGGAGGAGCCAGCUGCAUCUUCUCGAGCACCAUCAUACGCAUCCCUCUCCACAUUGCCCUCCGUCUCUGUCCCCACCCCCGUGCCUGCGACGUCUGUUACCCCACCCCAGCCUGCUCCCGCCCCUGCCCCACCCCUAGGGCCAGUUGCUUCCGGGCCUGGGCACCACGCACCACUGUCCUCGGUGUCGUCCGUACCGGGUUCACCACCCCCACCACCUCCCACCUCCACACCUGCCUUAUCACCACCACCUCCCUCAGGACCCACAUCAGCUGUGUCGCUGUCCCCGGCAACAGGGAACACACCACCUUCAUCGUCAUCACCAUCACCAUCACCAGCUACAGGUGUGUCGGGAGCAGAGACACCUGGACAGCGGUCAAGCGGUCAGCAGUCCCAGACUCAGGUCAACAGAGCCAUCCUUAACACCCCUUCAGUUAAGUUCCUUACCCACGCAGACUUCUUCUCAAUUGUGUGGGGCAAUGAGACUGCCAUGGCUGAGUACAACAGGAAUGGCACUCUGAAGCACAUGAUUAAUCGUAUCCAGCGCGAUCCACUUACCUUUGGCAGGUACCAGCAUAACCGUGACCUGGUGGCCUUCCUGAACCUGUUUGCAGAUGCCAGCAAGCCCCUCCCCUCUGGCUGGGAGAUGAAGUUUGACAGGGCUGGCAAGGGUUUUUUCAUCGACCACAGUUUACGCUGCACCACGUUUAUAGAUCCCCGCCUGCCUACAGACCACCCACCUGUGAACGCAGAGUUUAUACAGAGUCUGCUGUCCCGUAACACACGCCCUAGGGGCAGAGGAGAUGAUCCCCAGAGGAGUAACGGAGUGGCCCCAGCGUUGCCUAGACAGUCCAGUGGUGAGUCAGGAGGAGUUGUACCCACAGCUUACAACGAGAAGGUGGUGGCUUACCUGAGACAACCCAAUGUGACGGAACUGCUGAAGGAGCGUCACCCUGCCUUCGCGUCGAGCACUGACCUCCAGGCUAAGAUCAAUAGGAUUAGCACGGAGGGGACGGAAGCUGUGGACAGGCUCUGCAAUGAUGUCGACCUCAUAAUCCUACUCAGUUUAUUUGAGAAUGAUAUAAUGACGUAUGUUCCCCCUCAUGUUCGUCCUGAGGCUUCAAGGUCAUCACCAAGGGAGUCGCCCCAAGGGUCACCGCAGGCUUCACCCAAUGUACAACGGGCCAAUGUACGGGUGCCAGCAGCACACAAGAGAGAUUUCCACACCAAGUUGAGGAACUUCUACAGGAAAGUUGAGUCCAAAGGUUACGGACAAGGUCCUAGUAAACUAAAAAUUAAUGUGCGACGAGACCACGUUUUGGAGGAUGCUUUUAACAAAAUCAUGUCCACAUCGAAAAAGGAAUUACAGAAAAGCAAGCUGUAUAUUUCGUUUGCUGGAGAAGAAGGGCUCGAUUAUGGCGGCCCGUCGCGAGAGUUCUUCUUCCUCCUCUCUAGAGAGCUCUUCAACCCGUAUUAUGGUUUGUUUGAGUAUUCAGCCAAUGACACCUACACAGUCCAGCUCAGUCCCAUGUCCUCGUUCACAGAAAAUGCCCAUGAGUGGUUCCGGUUUGCUGGCCGUGUUUUAGCCCUUGCCUUGGUACAUCAAUAUUUACUAGAUGCCUUCUUCACUAGACCAUUUUACAAGACCUUACUGAGAGUGCCUUGGUCAUUGGGUGAUCUGGAGUCCCUGGAUUCUGAGUUUUACCAGAGCUUGCUGUGGAUCAAGGACAAUGAUAUUUCCAUGCUGGACAUGGACCUGAGCUUCUCCAUCGAUGAGGAGGUUUUUGGACAGGUAACAGAGAGAGAACUAAAGCCCAACGGUAAAAACAUACCUGUGACGGAGAAGAACAAGAAGGAGUACAUAGACAAGGUUGUGAAAUGGAGACUAGAGCGUGGAGUCACAGAACAAACAGAAAGCCUGGUCAAGGGGUUUUAUGAGGUUAUUGACCACCGCCAGGUGUCAGUAUUUGAUGCGCGAGAGCUGGAGCUGGUCAUAGCAGGAAUGCCGGAAAUAGACAUCGAGGACUGGAGAAGAAACACGGAGUACAGAUCAGGCUACCAUGAUCGACAUCCUGUGAUAGAGUGGUUCUGGCUAGCUAUUGGACGAUUUGACAAUGAGCGCAGACUACGCCUUCUGCAGUUCGUGACGGGCACUUCUAGCAUUCCAUAUGAAGGGUUUUCCGCCCUCCGUGGCAGCAACGGGCCCAGGAAGUUCUGUAUAGAGAAGUGGGGGCGUGUCACAAGCCUUCCCAGGGCCCACACAUGUUUUAACAGGCUGGAUCUGCCCCCGUACACCUCAGUGGAAAUGCUGUUUGAGAAGCUAGUCACAGCUGUGGAGGAGACCAGCACAUUCGGCAUUGAGUGAACAGAAGUGCAGUGUGAGAAGCUAGUUACAGCUUUGUAGGAGACAUUCGGCAUUGAGUGAACAGAAUUGCUGUUUCAUAUGCUAGUCGCAGCUGUGGAGAAGACGAGCACAUUCGGCAUUGAGGUAGCAGAAUUGCUGUUUGAAUAGCCAGUGGAGAGUAUACCAGGAUAUGCAGCAUUGAGUGAGCAGAAUUGCUGUUUGAAUAGCCAGUGGAGAGUAUACCGGGAUAUGCAGCAUUGAGUGAGCAGAAUUGCUGUUUGAAUAGCCAGUGGAGAGUAUACCGGGAUAUGCAGCAUUGAGUUAGCAGAAUUGCUGUUUGAAUAGCCAGUGGAGAGUAUACCAGGAUAUGCAGCAUUGAGUUAGCAGAAUUGCUGUUUGAAUAGCCAGUGGAGAGUAUACCAGGAUAUGCAGCAUUGAGUUAGCAGAAUUGCUGUUUGAAUAGCCAGUGGAGAGUAUACCAGGAUAUGCAGCAUUGAGUUAGCAGAAUUGCUGUUUGAAUAGCCAGUGGAGAGUAUACCAGGAUAUGCAGCAUUGAGUUAGCAGAAUUGCUGUUUGAAUAGCCAGUGGAGAGUGUACCAGGAUAUGCAGCAUUGAGUUAGCAGAAUUGCUGUUUGAAUAGCCAGUGGAGAGUAUACCAGGAUAUGCAGCAUUGAGUUAGCAGAAUUGCUGUUUGAAUAGCCAGUGGAGAGUAUACCAGGAUAUGCAGCAUUGAGUUAGCAGAAUUGCUGUUUGAAUAGCCAGUGGAGAGUAUACCAGGAUAUGCAGCAUUGAGUUAGCAGAAUUGCUGUUUGAAUAGCCAGUGGAGUAUACCAGGAUAUGCGGCAUUGAGUUAGCAGAAUUGCUGUUUGAGAAGUUGAUAAGACCUUUGAAUGAGACCAGCAGAUUUGGCAUGGAAUGAGUAAAUUCUUCAACAAACAGCAUUGAUCAGCAUUCAAGUGAACAGUGUGGAAUCUCAUGUGCUUAUCCUCCAGACUCGUGCAACAGUGUGAAAGUUCACAUGCUCACAAUCUAGUUGCUCACCUUGUGCUAUUGUGCAGGUGAGCACAGUGUGUUGUAAUGUCCUUUAUUUUCAAACUUCUGUAGCGGUGUGCAAGGGACAAUAAUGGUGCAAAUUAGAUCAGUGUAUCCAUCAUCAACAGAACUUCAGUGAGUAAGAAUUGCUUUAACACGGGGAGGAUUUGCUGUGUUGCUCCAUUGGAAGUCAUAGGAUUCUUCUUGCUUGUCGUCCAACCUUGGGCAAUGAUAUUGCAAGAUAUGUUACAUUGUGGAAAUUUGCAAGAUGUUGCUUGUAUUCCAAUCAAUUCAGGCAGGAUUCCUUUUUGCAGACACUGCUUGUGGCUGGUGGUACAAAUUUGUGUGUACGGUAAUGUUUCCACUGAUCUGAAAAGGAGGGUGUUCUCAAGACACCCUGCUGAGCCCUGCCGGUAAAAUCCAUAAGACUGGCCCUGUAUGCAGACCAUGUUUACAGAGACAAGAGGAAGUUACCCAGCAAGCAUUUACAUAUAGGUGUGGAAUUGGAUUGAUCUUGUUAAGAAUGCAUACAAGGUUAAUUGUAGAAGUAAACAGGAAACCUUGUCCUAGAAGGCUAAAAGGCUGUGUGUACACUGUGGAUGCCGGCUACGUGAGCCAGAGAGUGUUUAUGUGAGCCACUUUCUUCGGUAAUGAGCUUUUAUGUGCAAAAGUGGGCAGCUUUGUGCUUAAGUGUGCCACUGUAUAUAAAAGUGAGCCACUCUCUGCAGUAAUGAGCCUUUGUGUGCAAAAGUGAGCAACUUUGUGCUUAAGUGUGCCACUGUAUAUAAAAGUGAGCCACUGUGCAGUAAUGGGCCUUUGUGUGCAAAAGUGAGUAACUUUGUUUAUGGUGAGUCAGUGGUGUGCCAUUGGUUUCCCCACGGUGAACACCACAGGGUUGCCCAUGGUGAACCUGUGGUGUGCCACUGUCUGCAAAAGUGAGCCAC